AUGCUUUUCAACACUCAUGGCGCCCUCGUGGUGUCCGGUGUGGUGAUGGCAGCCGCCGCGGCAGUUCCAGAAGACUUCAAGGUGGUCCGUCGUGCGCCGUUAGGGACACUUCAAGGUUGUUACUCUAGCAUUCCUGGAUAUGGAAAGUCAACAGGCUGGACAUACCAAAGUUCCGGGUGGUGUCUGGACCACUGCGCCAAAGACUACGCGACAUUCGCUUUGACAGGAGGCUCAGACUGUGUGUGUGGUAAUACGAUGCCCCCAGACAGUGCCAAAGUUUCAAGCGACAAAUGCAACAAAUCCUGCAGUGGCUGGCCUGAUGAUAUGUGCGGUGGUACCGGCUACUACUCUGUCUAUACCACCAAUUUGGAAGACGACGUUCCCACGUACUCUGAAUCCGGGUCCACGACCACCACAUCAAGCACGAGCUCGAGCAGUACCAGCAGCAAAACGACGACGCAAACCGAUGGGUCUACAACUGCUCCCACUACUAGUAGUAGUAUUAGUGAAGUUACCGAAACCGCCACAUCUGAGCCUACCACGAGCGGUCUCUCUGAAGAGGAUAUCAAUGAACAGUCCUCCAAGGGCAAGAAUACUGCCGCGAUUGCGGCCGGAGUCGUAAUCGGAGUGGUCGGAUUCGCUGCUCUCUGUGGUGCUGUCUUCUUCUGGUGGCGAUCCAAGAAGAACAGGGUCGGUGCUGUGGGUGGGGUUCCUGGCGGCUAUGGCCGUGACUCUGGCCCGCCCUCGAUGUCCGAUUCUCGCUUCGAUGGCGACUACAUGGCUCAGCGCCGCCAAAGCAAUGGCAGCAUCGAUGAUGACCAUGACUUCUCUCGUCGGAUCUUGCAGGUGACAAACCCUGAUCGUUAA